CCGUGAAGCAGAAGCAGAUUCGGCGCGGGGUGAAGGAGGUCCAGAAGUUUGUUAACAAAGGCGAGAAAGGGAUCAUGGUUUUGGCAGGAGACACGCUGCCCAUCGAGGUGUACUGCCACCUCCCGGUCAUGUGUGAGGAUCGGAACUUGCCUUACGUCUACAUCCCGUCCAAGACGGACCUGGGGGCAGCCGCGGGCUCCAAGCGCCCCACCUGUGUGAUCAUGGUCAAGCCCCAUGAGGACUACCAGGAGGCCUACGAUGAGUGCCUGGAGGAGGUGCAGGCCCUGCCCCCACCCCUGUGACGAAACCCAGGCAGCUCCGAGCGCUGUUCCGUGAGGGUGAAGCCACGUCCUCCCCAUCAGUGCCGUCUCCUGCCGAGCUUGAAGACGGGUCCAAGAAUGAAGUGUGGGAAGUAAAUGCGAAGACUAAAGUGGGCCGAGGCCGUGGGUGCUCUUGCCAACAGCUGCUCGUGGGACUGAGGAGCUGGCAGGCAGGAGUGGAAGCAGCCCUUCCCCCCGAGAACCCAAGGACUCUCAGCCUUCAGGGCUCAGUGCUGCUGCCCACCGAGGGCUUCACCUCCCCCAGCAGGCCACAUAGGGGUGCAAGACGCGGCAGCAGGGCCGGUGCCCUUCCAGAUGCCUGCAGCCUUGUGUUAGGGACCCCCGGUCCUCUCCCCUUGUCCCCUCAGGAGCCUCCAGCGCCACUGUGAUGUUCAUGGAAGCAUUACCGACCCACACAGUAAAUUUGGAAACAGGCUGAAUGCAAAACCUCAGGAUCUUCCCUUUACCCAGUGGCCCUGGAAACCCAGCCCUUUCAGACAUGAGCCUGGGUCCCUUCCUGCUGUCGGGCCCCGCCCAGGGCUCCUCAGUACGGUGACCAAGCUUUGUCAGACGCCUGAAUAAACGAAAGAGCUUGGUGAGGGUCAGACCUGGCUCAAAGACCAAGCUUUUGUUUGCAAGCUGUAA